AUGACCAGGCUUCGGGGAGGCUCUGGGAGCCCGCCAGACUCGGGGCGAUCCGCGUCCGUUGGAGACAGGGGACUCUACCAUCCAUCGAAGCUCCCCGCCGACGCCCCGGAGCUGCUGGCCAAAAAUACUAUCGCUGUGACAGAUCCCGCAGGAGUCUUAGCAUGGAAUAGAGACAAGCGUCAGAGAGAUUUCAAUCUCCUUGUUAAACGGUAUAAAAACCAGCUCCUCUACGGCUGCCAGGACCCGUUCUGCGCCACCCCUACAUGUUUUAGCUAUCGCAGGAGAGUUACGGAUGCGCCUCUUCGCAGGUUUACCGAACUGAGUGCGCGAACAGUUGCCUGCUACUUAGCUAGCCAGGAUAACCCGGAGAGAGGUUUGUGUCGUAAUACCCCGGCCACCAACACCGACUUCCUCUCAGGAGAUGGGAUCCGACGACACAGGAGACGGUCAUGUGAAGUGUCCCAACAAAGUGUUAAGUUCUCCUCUGACGCUCAAGGCCACAAUAACGCGGAGGAUAAUGGCGCCCAAGAGAAGCCAGCGGGUGAUACAUUACACCAGCAACAUCGCGGGAAUAAUAGGACUACAAAAUCUACCGAAGCGAACGAGAAGCCGGGCCCACCACAAAGCGAAGACGGCAAAAGUUCGCAGCGAUUAAAAGAUCCGAAAUCGUUUACUCAAAAUCUUUUCGACACUCUUUCCUUGCGCAUGGUGGAGUGGCUACCUCUGCGACGAUCUCACGAGGCAUUCGAUACAGUCUCGUCUGACCCCAACGAUUAUGGUAGCUCGCCAUCCAAGCCUCCCGGAACUGAAACACCAGGUAGAAGCCAAGAGCAUCCAAGUAACCCAAAACGAAAUAGUCGACAGAAGCAGGUCGUUUCGCAUCCUAAUAUUAAGUCCCGCCCUCAAACUAUUACAUCUUCCAAUCCUAAUCCACAACCGACGGCGGUUGAGGUAAAGAUCCCCGGACAACCUGUAAAGCGCCUGUCCCUUGGUGAAAUGGAGCACCGGAAACAGCCUUCGAAAGCCUUUGCCGAGGACAGGGUACGCUCUGAACGCAAACAACCCCGAAAGGCUUCAUCGCAUAACACUCCGUCAAACCAACCUAAUCGAUCCUUACAGUCUCCGCCACCUUUAAAGCAACGACCACAGAAACAUAAAAAUGCAAGUGAUGUGAGCAACACUUCGAAGCCAGAGCAGAAGCGGCAUAGGCGCGUCUCGUGGGAUGGGUCCCACGGCCCAAGGAAAUCGGAAAGCGCUGAGUGCGACAGCAGCCGGGUAUCGAUAGACUACAGUAUACAACACUCACAGUCUCCAACCGAAAGCCCGGAAAUUCCAGUAUCCAGAGAUGCCAACAACGGCAAACUAUUUAUACCUCAACAAAUCCAGACCCUAUCUCACUUAUCAGAGCAGAUAGUGACUGGACUAGCGAAGUUAAUGUUUGAAAACGACGAAGAUAGAGACAAGUGGAUCGAAGAAAUGUCAGAAUUGGAGUCUCGCGGAUAUUCUGAACCUUGGGAUUGGCAGUAUGCAACUCCCCGCCAGCGUGAGGUGUUCCCAUUUGUUGUGCAGAGUGUGUUUUAUGUUCUAAGCAGUCCUCGUCAACUUGUUCAAUCCUUCCGGAAGGAUUCCCCAACCUCAGCGGAAAGUGACCGUCGGGAGAACGCGAACACACUGGAUAUCGAACAAGUAGAAAACUCUUUUCGUGUCCUGCAUCGAAUAUGUCCGUGGGAAACCACAUUGCAUAGCUUGUGGACUUCUCUCGCGAAGCUUUUUGUUCCACCACGGGAAUUUUCCUUGCCCAGGCCACAUAUGCUCCCUGUCCGAUGGGUCGCUUCUUCGUCCCGCGCUGUUUCGAAACAUGGGUUUUUUCCACCCUGUAAUACCGACACUCCUGAAGAUUACAUUUCUGAUAGCGAUGCCGCUUACAUUUCGGUUAUCACGCUACUAGCUUUAUCAAGCUUCAUCCCGCAAACUGACCCGAAAACAUGGGAGAUCAUUCGCCAUAUCCGCUCUUCCGGUACCGUUUUACCUGACUCUGAGAUGAGAAAGCAUCCUCGGUCUACUAGGAGAUCAUUAGUGGCCAUCUCAGAAAUGUUUGAGCAUGACCUCGCGCUCCGAUUAGUAAAUCGCCUGGUUCGGGUGGUCUCUGCGCGUAUGGCCUUCCACGAAAUUUCUAAGACCCGAACCAUUAACAUCCACGAUAUUGAGCGACAAGAGAAACAUGACUUUACGAGGCUGAUCAUACGAACUCUCCGUGACUUCUCCAAGACCAAUGAAAAAUCUUCACAAACAUCCUAUUCCUUUCUACACGACGAGCGACCUACCAAUCCCCAUAUGGUAGCUGUGGAAUGGCUACGGAGCCUCUUGCUGAAGGAAUGGGACGGCAAACCCGAAAUGGCCAAGUCCGGUGCCUUUGGGGGCGCUUUGCAACUCCUUGCAUCAAUGUAUAAAGAACGCUUUAGACUUGGUUUAGAGCCUGAAGACUUCCAUACAUCUUUCCUCUCCGAGCGGUUAGACCCGACGGAAAUGCCUGUUGAAUGGCUCGGAAUCCUCCCAAAUAACCGAACAGUGCAUCUCUUAUCCUAUCCCUUCUUAUUUCCUCCGUCCGCCUUGGUGAUAUAUUUCCGGGCUAUUAACUAUUCUAACAUGUCCAAGUCAUAUGAAGCCGCAAUGACUACCUCACGACAUGUUACUCAGCCGGCAUUCUCGAGUAUCAUACCGAUAGAUGAUGAUGUUAGUCUGCUUGCAAGAUUGAAAACAUCCAUUUCGACAUAUCUGGUUCUAGUUGUACGCCGUGAUAAUGUCCUUACCGACGCUCUCAAUCAAUUGUGGCGACGAGAAAGACGUGAGCUAAUGCGACCCCUUAAAGUUCAAAUGGGUAUGGACGAAGGGGAAGAAGGUAUCGAUCACGGUGGUGUGCAGCAAGAGUUUUUCCGCGUAGCUCUUGGAGAGGCAUUGGACCCAUCAUACGGGAUGUUUACGAUGGACAUGCGAACUCGCAUGUCUUGGUUUCAGCCGUGUUCGAUGGAACCGCUGUACAAGUUCGAGUUAUUAGGGCUAUUGAUGUCCCUUGCUGUUUAUAACGGUUUGACCCUUCCGGUUAACUUUCCAGUUGCGUUGUAUAAGAAACUACUAGGAUUGAGAGUUAAAAAUCUCGAUGAUAUCCGAGUCGGUUGGCCAGAGCUUGCCAAGGGCUUGGAUGACCUAUUAUCAUGGGAUGAUGGAGAUGUUGGCGACAUCUUCAUGAGGACUUAUGAGUUUAGUUUUGAUGCGUUUGGAACCUUCGUGUCUGUCGACAUGGAGAAAGUUGAUCGCAAUGAACCAUGGCCUGCCCCUGAACGGUCAGCCUGGGAACGGAAAAAGAGCGGAUCGUAUUACCGACAAUCAUGGUCAGGGAAAACAAGUCACCCUGGGAGUUUUGAUGAUAAUACGUCAAUGCUCCGUGAAUCGGCCGAUGAAAAUUCCACAUCGAAGAGAGACGGGGUGCUCUCUGGGAUACUGAAAGGGGCUUCUUCAAGAACUUACAAAGCUACACCACCUUCGCCUCCACAAGAAGCCGCUUUGGUCACGAACGCGAAUCGAGAACGAUUUGUCAAGGACUAUAUCUUCUGGCUGACAGACAAAUCCGUCCGCCCGCAAUAUGAGGCAUUCGCCCGAGGCUUUUAUACCUGUCUAGAUCGAACGGCGCUAUCAAUAUUUACACCGGAAGCAUUGAAAACUGUCAUCGAAGGGAUCCAGGAGAUUGACAUUGAAGAGCUCGAGCACAAUGCCCGGUACGAAGGCGGCUUCGAACCUAAUCAUCGUGUGAUCUCCGACUUUUGGUCCAUAGUGAAGCGAUACCCGCAGACAAGGAAACGUCAGCUGCUGGAGUUCGUCACGGCUAGCGAUCGAGUGCCGGUCAACGGCAUUUCUAGUAUCAUGUUCGUGAUUCAGAGGAAUGGUACUGGGGAUAACCGCCUUCCGACGAGCCUAACAUGCUUUGGCAGGCUCCUGCUCCCGGAGUAUUCCAACCGAGCCAUUCUCGAGGAAAAGUUGGAAAAAGCUCUUGAGAACGCAAGAGGAUUUGGGGUCGCCUAA